AAUUGUUAAGCGCUUCGUAUCCUUUGCUACGACUCUCUAGAGCUCAGCAUUGUUUCCGUGAGGCCGUGGCGGUCUGAGAGAUGGCCAGAGAAUACGAUCAUCUCUUCAAGUUACUCAUCAUCGGGGACAGUGGUGUUGGAAAGAGCUCGCUACUGCUGAGAUUUGCUGACAAUCUCUUUGCAGGCACGUACAUCACGACCAUUGGCGUGGACUUCAAGAUCCGGACAAUUGAUGUGAACGGGGAGAAGGUGAAACUACAGAUCUGGGACACUGCAGGCCAGGAGAGGUUUAGAACCAUCACCUCCACGUACUACAGAGGAACGCAUGGAGUGAUUGUAGUCUACGAUGUGACGAGUGGAGAGAGUUUUGUGAACGUCAAGAGGUGGUUGCAGGAGAUCGAUCAGAACUGCGACACCGUCAACAGAAUUCUAGUGGGAAACAAGAAUGAUGCAACACCAGACAAGAAAGUGGUAAAGACGGAAGAUGCCCAGAAGUUUGCCGAGCAGAUUGGCGUCCCGCUCUACGAGACGAGUGCCAAGGAGAACCUGAAUGUGGAGGAGGUGUUCUAUGAGAUAACGAAGCAGGUCCUCAAGACCAAGAAAGAGUCCCAGAAAGACACAGGUGCCAGAGACACAAUAAAAGUCGGUAAAAACACAGCAACGAAAAAGAAGAAAUGCUGUUAACUCGGUAGCAAUUAAUACCUUGUACAUUAGGUAGAAGUUAGAUUUAAAAAGUACUUUUCAUACAGAGAAACACACUAUGACCUGUUUUCGCUCUAAAUUUAUUCACACGAUGGUUUCAUGUAUGCUUUAAUUUUGUUUGUUUGUGAUUUUGUACCAUGCAAUAUGACAAUGUAUAUGUGGAGAUUUUGUUUGUUAUGACCGUGCACGUGUGUAAUUAGUAGCAACAGGAAGUGGCUCUUUGUCUGGUGACAUAGUCGCAAUACUGGCCUUGUUUGGCAGGAAUGUACACUUGUAAUUGCUAACCCGUGUAAUUAAUU